AUGAGCCGGAAUGUUGAUAAGGCCAACUCGGUGCUGGCACGGUACCAGGAGCUUGUAGCGGAGAACACAAGCGGUUACAAGGACUAUUCCAGAUUCAAACGACCCACGGCGGUACAUCGAAUUAGCAAUUUGGAAGAAGCACAACGAUGGAGGGCGGAAGUAGUGAAAGACAUCGGAAAUAAGGUUACACAGAUACAUGACCCGUCGCUGAACGAGAUGCAGAUCGAGGAUAUCAACAACGAGCUCAACAGACUGUUCCAGGAGAAGAUGCGGUGGGAGAGCCACAUUCGGCGCAAUCUUCGGGGGCCAGACUACCGGCGCAUGAAGCAGGGCUUGAACACGACCGGGGGUACAGUUAUAAAUGGCACGCGGUACUUUGGGCGGGCGUUGGAACUGCCGCAUGUGCAGGAGCUGUUGCAGCAGCAGCAGCAGCAGCGCGUUAAGCAGCAGAACCAGAAGCAGCGUGAGCAGGAACUCCGGGCGAAGGUACGGCAGUGGGAGGAAGAACUCGGACCGGAUUACUACGGCGAAGAUGUCCCUCCCGGGAUGCAGGAGUACGAAGCCCAGAGGUCGCGUGAGCUGCAGGAUAUCCUGAGGUCCGCUGCAGGUAGGGCGCCACAGGUGCAGAUUCCUUUGUUUGAAAGGCUACCGACACAGGAAGAAGUGGAGGGGUGGCUCGUUGAAAGGCGUAGGAAACGCCUACAAGAGCGGUUGGAUCUGUAG